AUGGCCGCUAGAUCCCCGCUCGCGUCUUCAUCUCCCACGCCUAGGUCCAACCACGCGCCGCACCUCGCCGACUCCGAUUCGUACAGGGAAAGAGAGAGGGAACGGGACAGAGAAAGAGACGUGGAACGGACAGCUGGCUACGGCGCCGCCGCCGCCAUGAACUCAAAUCGCACUUCGUCCUAUUUCCCUCAACAACCCGCCCAGCCCUCCUCCUCUUACACCUCGAAUGCCGCCGUAGCUUCCUACUCUACUCCUCCUCGACAGACUGCUCCUCUGCGAUACGACGAGGACCGAGAGACGCAGUACAACACUCUUGCCAACUCCCACAACGUACACCAGGCGCAACACUUGCCUCCAGAAGGCGACGUCGCAUAUUACGACAACCCGGACGCCAACAACAGCACCAACCUGGCAGUGCCCUCCGCUACUGCUCGCGGCAAGUUUACAGAAGAAUGGGAUGCGAGCCAAAGAGGGAGUAGCAUAAUUGAAGGUCAUUCGUCCAACAUGCCGCGAUCCAACUCGUUCGUCUCCAACAAUGGGGAGGAUCACUUGAGCCUUCCCUCGCGCCACAACACCCUCAAGAAGAAGAACUCGCUGCGCAGGAACGGCAGCCUAAAGCGCAGCAGCAGUCGGAGAAGUAUGAAGGCCGGCAGCGUACGCAGCUUGGCUCUGCAGUCCUCCAACGACCCCGACGAAAUACAUAGCGCAUUCCACUGUCCAGUUCCGACAUCUGGGAAUCCAACCGAAGCUUUGGCCGCUAGAUUUCAAUCGUGGCGCAAGAUCCUCAAAGACCUUAUCGCAUACUACCGUGAAAUUCAAUCAUAUUACGAGCACAAGUCCAAAUCGCUUCUGAAGCUUGCCAACGUCGCCAACAAUAUUGCCAGCCCCCCUGGUUUUCUCGAUUCUGGUGGCAUCGAUGAUGCGUUGCAAAUACUACGUAGCUACCACAAAGGCGCCAUUCUCGAAUCGAACAAGGCAAAGGACAUUGAAGAGGAUGUUAUCCUAGCUCUCACAGGCCUGAGAAACGACCUUCAUCAGAAGAUCAAAGAAAUCAAGAACUUGUCGGGCGACUUCAAAAACUCGGUGGACAAGGAGAUGGAUAGCACCAAGCGCGCCGUCAAGGCAUUGCAAGACACCUUGGGCCAGACUGAUCUGGACCCCUCGUUGACGACUGGAAAGCAAGAUCCGUACCUCCUGCGUCUCGCCGUCGACAGGCAAGUUGAGCGCCAGAUUGACGAGGAGAACUAUCUACACCAGGCGUACUUGAACCUGGAGAACUCUGGCCGCGAACUCGAGGCCAUUGUAGUGGGCGAGGUCCAAAAGGCUUACAAUGCUUACGCCGGCAUUAUCAAGCGCGAGUCCGACGCCGCUUACAACGCCAUCGAGGAGCUCCGUGUCGGCCCCAUCUCAAUGCCCAAAGAUCACGAGUGGGCGCACUUCGUCCAGAAAGAUGACCAAUUCGUGGACCCCGAUAUCCCAAUUCGGUCCGCCGAACACAUUCACUACCCUGGUCGAGAGCACGUUGCAUGCCAGGAGAUUCGUGCGGGGCUCCUUGAACGCAAGAGCAAGUACCUCAAGAGCUACACAGCUGGCUGGUAUGUACUUUCUUCGACUCAUCUCCAUGAAUUUAAAUCGGCGGACAAGGGCCAAGCCCCCGUCAUGUCACUGUACCUUCCAGAGCAGAAACUAGGUUCGCACUCUAGCGAGGGAGGGUCGUCCAACAAAUUUAUCCUCAAGGGCCGCCAAACUGGAUCCAUGCAUCGUGGCCACACCUGGGUCUUCCGGGCCGAGAGCCAUGAUACAAUGAUGGCCUGGUACGAAGACAUCAAGGUCCUCACUGAGAGGUCACCACAAGAGAGGAGUGAGUUCGUCCGUGGACACGUACGGAGUUUGAGCCAGUCUUCGCAACGAUCCACAAGCAGCGACGGCGUACUCGAAGAUGACGACGACGAGCCAUUCUCAGCGGACGCAGCGGUUGCAGCUAGCACGAGUUCGAGACAAGACGUCCGCCGUCCCGAAGCAGGUGGGCGGUUCCCAUCUGACAUCCAGGUCAACGCGCAGCGAGGCUUACAGGCACCUCUUUCGCCUUCUAGUGUGAGCUCCGGAUUCGACAACUCUGAUCGCGACGCAGUCAUGCAAUCGUCUACCAUGCCGGACAGUAUUCUGGGAGUGUAUCACGGUUCGAAUGAGCAUCCGAAUGGGUACGGCGGCACGGACCGGACACCCAUGGAAGAGAUCCCGUCUCAUGCUGCGGUGGUGACCCAGCAAGCUCGAGAGGACGGAGUGAACCCAUACACGCGCGAGUCACUUCGCCGAUCACAAUCUUUGACUCGUAGGCAGCAGGCAGUCUAUGUACCCGCUGCCGGCAUGCAAAGAGCUCAUAGCCAACAUGCGACACCAGGCAGAUAUGAGGAUGAGUCCAGACCGGUAUCUACUGCCGAUUAUGACCGUGUUCUCGAGACACCAGGCGGUAACGGCCAGUAUGGUCAAUGGAUGAAUAGCAAUGGGAAGUCCUCGCCGGGCAUUCCGAACAAUCAUUUUGCACAGCAAGAAAUAGGUGAAUACUCUGCUUCAGGUGGCCGAGGCCUGGGCGAAGUCGAUAUAAUACCCGCCAUCGGAACGGGUAAUGGGCAUGCUCCUAGCAACGAACACCCCCAGCAGGAUGGCUCGUCUGUCGCUGCUGCUGCAUCCUCUAUUCCCAGGAACCAGGAUGCGCCUCGUCAAAAACAGACAGCAUCUUCCGUCCGGCCUACCUCUGGCACUGUCAGAAACGAUAGCGUUCCAACAAUCUCUAAUCUGCACAUUCCUGGAGAAUACCCUAAGGGAAACGCGGCAGCAGUCGAAUCAAGACGAUGA